GUUCUUCCCUUUUACAGCCUGGGUGAAAAGAAGCCAGUUCAUAAUGGCCCAGGGAUCCAGUGACAUGGAAACAGCUGAUCAAGAGGAGAGCUCUCCAAAUAUGAUUGUUUACAGAAAAAUUGAAGAUGUCAUUACAAGAAUGCAAGAUGACAAAACAGGUGGUGUGCCCAUCCGAACAGUCAAGAGCUUUCUCUCAAAAAUCCCCAGUGUUGUCACAGGGACUGACAUAGUGCAGUGGCUCAUGAAGAAUCUCAACAUUGAAGACCCAGCUGAAGCAAUACAUAUGGGAAGUCUCAUUGCAGCACAGGGAUACAUUUUCCCAAUCUCAGAUCAUGUACUUACUUUGAAGGAUGAUGGGACUUUCUAUCGCUUUCAGGCUCCAUAUUUUUGGCCUUCAAAUUGUUGGGAACCAGAAAACACAGACUAUGCCAUCUAUCUUUGCAAGAGGACCAUGCAGAACAAAGCGAGGCUGGAGCUGGCGGAUUAUGAAGCCGAGAACUUGGCAAGACUCCAGAGAGCUUUUGCAAGGAAGUGGGAAUUCAUCUUUAUGCAAGCUGAAGCUCAAGUGAAAAUUGACAGAAAAAAGGAUAAAACAGAAAGGAAAAUUUUGGAUAGUCAAGAAAGAGCCUUCUGGGAUGUCCAUAGGCCAGUGCCGGGCUGCGUGAACACAACAGAGAUGGACAUCAGAAAGUGUCGGCGUAUGAAAAAUCCACAGAGGGUCAAAAAGGCAAGAUUCGGAGUUACAGAAGACAGUCAGUCCCAAAGUCCUGUACAUAUGCCCUCCCAACCAGCUCGGAAAACAACAAAAGAUGAUGUCCGGAAGCAAAUAACAUUUCUGAAUGUGCAGAUAGACAGACACUGUUUAAAAAUGUCUAAAGUAGCAGAAAGUUUAAUUACUUAUUCAGAUCAGUACAUUGACUAUGACCCUUUUAUAACUCCUGCUGAACCUUCCAAUCCCUGGAUAAAUGAUGACGCUGUAUUUUGGGACUUAGAAACAAGCAAGGAGCCUUCUCAGCACCGGGUCAAAAGAUGGGGCUUCUCUAUAGAUGAGGUGUUGAAAGAUCCCGUUGGGCGUGACCAGUUUCUUCGGUUUCUGGAAUCGGAAUUCAGUUCUGAAAACCUCAGGUUUUGGUUGGCUGUCCAAGACCUGAAAAAACAACCAUUGCAAGAUGUAGCUACCAGAGUGGAAGAUAUCUGGCAAGAGUUCCUCGCUCCUGGGGCCCAGAGUGCCAUCAACCUGGACUCUCACAGCUAUGAGAUAACAAGCCAAAAUGUCAAAGAUCCAGGGAGGUACACAUAUGAAGACGCACAGGAGCACAUUUACAAGCUGAUGAAGAGCGACAGCUAUGCACGUUUCCUCCGUUCUAACGCUUACCAAGACUUGUUGCUGGCAAAGAAGAAGCCCGAGAAUGAGCAAGGUCGUAGAACUUCUCUAGAAAAGUUCACUCGCAGCGUGGGGAAGUCGCUGGCAGGCAAGCGCCUCACAGGCUUGAUGCAAUCUUCUUGACAGCAUCGUCUCAGCAAGCGGUCGCUGGCAUCUCCGAAGGACAGCUGCACUCACUCAACCUCCUCCACGGCGGAAAUAUCAUUUGGGGGCAAAUGGGUCACUGUGUGUGUGCGUGUCUGUGUGUGUGUGUACGGCUGGGAGUGCAAACGAGAUGGGAAGAGAAAGAGACGGAAGGGAGCACAGGGAAGGCGAAGGAAACCACGAGGGAGAGCCUGGCCCACCCGGAGGUUCCUCUUUUCAUAGUUUACAUCAACACUUUUCUACUUGUACAGCUUUGUAAUGCACUGAGUUCAAUCAAGAUAAUUCUCUGUUUCUCGCUUGAUUUCAGAGGAGCACAACUUGCUGUAUGCAGGAUGCCAACUUAGGCAGAGAUGGUUGGGGGGACUGACUGUGGGUGUCAUUUAAUGUAGGGGCCCUAAGAGAAAUCUUGAUAAAGAUUUGGUUAAGAUCCGUAUUUGUAAUGCAGGCACUUUCUCACACUCAUAUCUCCUCUUGCUGCUGCUGCUGCUGCUGCUGCUGCAUGUGUACAGGCAAAAAUAUCCAUCUUCUGCAUAUCUUGGUAGCCCUGGCAUUAAUUCUCCCUAGCCAUGGAUAAUGGCUAUUGCUGACUUGACAGUAACUUCUCAGAUCUGGAAUCCUUUGCGAAACCUGAAGAGGUUUUUUUCUCCGCCUGAGAGAAUAGUACGCAAUACAGGUGUUGCCAUUCUUGAUUGGAAAUGCAGAUUAAAGUAGGCAAAGGGGAAUUAGAGCAAGAGGAAAGGGUGGUCCAAAAUACCUUUACUCCCUAGCCACAGAAAGAGCUCUUGCUGAUCUUGCGACAUGUCCCCUUUCAUACAACCGUUCGGGUCCAGUAAAAUAAUAAUUGAAAGUUCCCUAAGGAUGGGAGGAAGAAUUCAGUUUUAUCACGAUGAGAUAGUAGACAUAUUAUCAUCCACUUUUUAAAUAAUGGUUUUAAAAGUGCUUUUUAGCUUCUUCACUCACUGUCAGUAAUAUCCGUCCAAAAAUAUAUUUUGGGGUCCUCAGCUGCAUAGAAAGGGGCAAAGCUACUGACUGCCAGCUCAGGAUUUGGUCCAUAAAGCCAGACUCUUAAGCUUCCUGUGAGGGAUCUGAUUUCAGUAGAGUUGCUUUGCAUUUUGCACAAGUAAAAAAUGUUGGCCCUGCUUCUUGGGCGAUAUGAUCAAAAUGUUAUGCCAGGCCUGCACAGCUUGUGUAGCCCAAGCUUAUAGGGUGGCCUGCCAAGUGUUUGGCAGUCUGUCUGUUGUUGCUUUGCAGUUCCAGGAAGGCAGCAAACAUGGAUGGUUUUCUGAACCCCUCACUAUCUGUUGCACACGGCCAGUGGGCUGCAUUCAAGUUUGUUGUAUCACAAGUUGUGCUGGCCUGCUUUAUGCACACAUUCUGUAAAAACACCAUAUUUGAAGAGGUGAUACUGGGUUGGGAAAGAAGUCUUGUCUUUGUUGUGUGGUUGCACUUUCUGCAUACUUCUUCCCAUUUUGUCUGUCUCACGAUUUAGUCACACAGAGUAAACCAAGCUGAUGGGAGAAUUCGAGACAUCUCCCUGCGCUUGUAGGGAGAAAAAGACCAUGUUAGGGUUAUUUAUUCAUUCCUGGACAACUAAGUCGCAAAUAAGUCUCUUUUGUAGAGAAAGGGAGAAAUCAGUCUACAACACUUUGGCUUGGAGGUGAAUGGCUUUUUGCUCAAUGUAAUGGCAUUUGAACGUCUCUCACAAUGUGGCAAUAAGUGAGGAUGGCUUGAAACUGUGUGAUAACUCAGCUAGGUAUGGAAAUAAUAUGGCUGAUUUCCCAGAAUUGUUCUCAAUGCUCUGAGAAAUGGGAGCACAGGGGAACUAGCUAAAAAAAAGUAGUAAAAGGAGACAAAGUACUACUUUAAGUGUAAACUAAAACAAGUUCAAUCUGAUUUGGAUCUGCUUAGCAUCAUAAUGAUGAUCUAAAGCAGUCUUCUCCAAUACUUGGUCUCUGUCUGUUGUUGGACUCCAACUCCCAUCAUCCCCAAGCAGUGUGGCCAGUGCUGAGACAUCUGGUUCAAUAACAUCUGGGGACCUAAGGCUGAGGAAGGAUAGUCUAUGUAGUGUUGAUAUUUUUGUGUUAAAAAUAUUUCAUAAUACCUAUAUUCAUAAAAAUCUUCUUUCCACUUUAAA